UCCAUAGUGAACAUCAGUUCACCUUGUAUCUCUUGAUAAAGCACCUUUAUUCACUUUACCACUCUUCAAGUUAUACCUAGCCCCGGAACCACAACUCAGCGGGCCGUGUUUUCUCAGUCAAGUGAACCUUCUGCAAAGCAGGUCUCCAGAUGGCACAAGUCAGGUUGAUAAACAUUUGUAAUACCAAUGUAUUAAAGAUCCAGCAUUCGCUCAGUGAUGGGGAAAAAAACUACCUUUCUGGUAGAAAGCUUUGUGUUCAGAAAUGUCUGGUGAAGAACCACAUUUCUUGUACUUUGAGUAAGGUACCCAACAUCGCUAUACUUGGCUCUGGAGGGGGAGAGCGAGCCAUGGUUGGACUGCUGGGCUCCCUGUCCCAGAUGGGAGAGCAGGGGCUUCUGGACGCUGCCCUCUACAUGAGUGGUGUCUCUGGAUCAACAUGGUGCAUGGCUUCUCUUUAUGAAAAGGCUAAUUGGUCAUCAGACAUGAAGCACAUAAAGGUUGUUGCGGAAAGACUUGGGCACGGCAGUGUCAGCCUAAUGGACAGAGUUUGGCAUCUGAUCGGAUAUUGUCGAGCAAAUGCAAAUUUCUCACUGACAGAUGUCUGGGCUGCACUGGUAGUGCCUUCGAUUGUCAAGAAAAUAGACAAAUCGACCCUCUCAAACUACCAAAAGUGCCAUGACAAAGAUCCAUAUCCCAUCUAUACAGUCAUCAACCAGGACUGCAAAUACGAACAUUUGCAAAAAGAAACCUUCUUUGAGCUAACCCCCCAUGAGGCCGGGUACACUCUUGCUGGAGCCUUUGUGGAAACCUCCAAUUUUGGAAGUAUCUUCAACAAGGGCGUUCUGACAACGAGCAAACCUGAGAUGGACAUGACAUAUCUUCAAGGUCUUUGUGGAAGUGCUCUUGCUGACAGGGAGGUCAUUCUGAAGAUAUUGAAGGAAUGGCUUGAAGGUGGGGAAAACAUGAAGGCAUUAAAGGACCACAAGGGUGUUCAGCUUCUUUCUACUGUGGUAGACCUUCAGCUCUGCCAGUACACCGGCUGUGACCCUGCUCCUCUGCUUCAGACCGCAAAUGAACUGCUACUAGGAAAGAGGGAUUUGGAUGGCUCUAAGCUGCAAUUCAACUUCGAUGGGAAGAACAGCACAGACCAAAACAAACAGAUUCACACAGUCACUUCUGCUGUCAGCAUGUUCUUUUUUGAAUGGAACGAGGAUUUGGUAAACCUUAAGGUUUCAGAGGAAUUGGAAGUUUUUGUGAAGACCCUUGAUAAAGUAAAUGAGAAGUCACCCGAUAAACUAGUUGAAGUGAUCUGGGAUUUCAUGAUCAAGAAAAUAUUGCAACUUGUGGAAGGGUUGCUGAAGUUAUUCUGGAUUUGGGGAACCAAUUAUAAUUACCUCCACAGCGUGAACGCUCCACAUAUUGACAAAAGGCUUCUGCAGAGUGAAACCACUCACUUUGAGGACGCCGGUUUGCUAGUCAACUCUCCCUACAUGAGUGCACUGAGAGCUGAGCGAGGAAUAGAUCUGAUCAUCUCCUUUGACUUCAGUGCAGGAAGUCCAAUGGAGACUUUGACUGAAACAGCUAAAGAGUGUAAGGAUUUGGGCAUCUCCUUCCCAGCGAUCAAUUACACAAAAAGUGACAUGAGCUCACCGAAGGGUUUCUAUGUGUUCAAGGGGGUGAACAAAGCCCCCACUGUAAUCCACAUUCCCUUAUUCAACGUUGACAACUGUGGGAGCGAGUUGGAGGAUUACAGAAAGAAGUAUGACACAUUCCAGGGAGCUUACAGCCCAGAGAUGAUCGAGGAUCUGAUGAAGAAGGCUGGUGAAAAUGUCUUAAACAACAAGGAGUACCUGUUGAGGGAGAUCAAGGACAUUAUCAAGCAGAAGGGACCCACUUCUGCUUGAAAAAAGCUCCAAUGCUUUUAUUGUUUAC